AUGGGAAUCCAAGGAUUGUUACAAUCACUUCGCCCUAUUCAAAGAACCAUCAAUAUCUCAGAAUACCAAGGCAAAACUGUCGCUAUCGAUGGUCAUUGUAUCCUUCAUCGUGGCGGUUUCGGUGCUGCAACAAAGAUUGCAUUGAACCAACCUACCGAUUCAUAUGUAAACUAUUUCAUGCAAUUCAUGGGCUUGCUUGAGUAUCAUGGUGUCACACCUAUCGUGGUUUUUGACGGCCUCCCUCUCCCUUUAAAGCAAAUCACCACGGAUGAACGUCGCAAAAACCGUCAAGCUGCAUUGAAACAGGGCCUGAAGCUGCAUGAACAAGGCAAAACUGCCGCAGCUGAGAAAUACUUUCAACAAUCAGUGUCUAUUUCGAAUGACAUGAUUAUUACUGUCAUUAGAAGACUGAUGGAAAAGAAGAUCCAGUGCAUUGUAGCACCCAACGAAGCUGAUGCUCAACUUACUCACUUGGUGAAUACAGGAAAAGUGGAUGCUGUUGUCACUGAGGAUUCCGAUCUCUUGGCUUUUGGAUGUGCGAAGAUCAUCUACAAGAUUGAUAGAUACGGUGAUGGUAUCGAAAUCUGCAUGGAUAAAGUCAUGAAUGACCACAGAAGCACCCUUCACGAAUAUGACGCUGAAACCAUUCGACAUAUCUGUAUUUUAUCCGGUUGUGAUUACCUGCCUUCCAUCAAGGGCGUUGGCCUCAAAACAAUACUGAAAAGAUACGAAAUCAACAGAAACACGGAUCAAGCAUUGUACAACUUGCAGCACCAAUUCAAGAAAGACUUCCCUGCUGAUUAUAUUGAGAAGUUUUACUUUGCAAAUCUUGGGUUCUUGCACCAGUGGGUCUACGACAUUGAUGAAAAGAACUACAAGCGUUUAAACCCACUGCCAAGCGAAUGCUCUGAAGACGAUAUCAAGUUGCUAGGUAGAAUUCCAACCGUGCAAGACUCCACCAUGUUCCGCGUCAAUAAGAUCAUCCCCAAGCCUAAGCCCCAGGAUAAUCCAUUAAAAGAGUGCAUUGUAAAAGAGUUUCUUGCUUAUACCGAGUCAUCCAAAGAGAAUAUCAUGCCUUCACACUUGGGAGUACCAUUUUCAGCAACAUCACCAAAGUCGCCCAAAUCACCCAAAUCACCCAAAUCACCCAAAUCACCCAAAUCACCCAAAUCACCCAAAUCACCCAAAUCACCCAAAUCACCCAAAUCACCCAAAUCACCCAAAUCACCCACAUCACCCACAUCACCUUCAUCGUCGUUUGGAAUAAGGUCAAGACAAGUGUUGUCUGUAUCUAAAUUACCUCAACACAACAGUAAUAUUAUUACAGCGGCAGAUUCAUGGACUACAACAUCUGAUGAGCCUUCUUCAUACUUGUCUAUGCCAAGAGUGGUAACACAAGGCGAAAGACUUGAAGCUCUGUACAAAAGAUUCGGUGUGUUACCAAGAAAGCCUCGACAGGUUACCAGUAAAUCAACUGCUGCUUCAAGGAGCCUAACCGAUACAUCGCCAUCCACCAGCUUACCAACUAAUAGCAACAAGCCACCAUCAUCUGAAUCUGAGAGUACCUCAUCUCGUGGCAUUGGAAAGAUUUUCCGUGGAACCAAUAUUAAAUCAGCAGCUAAUCUUCCUACUUUCUACUCGCGAGAUCGUGAUUCAUGGAUGUCUUACAUCAAGCACAAACAUAGUCCUCAUCCAUUAGCAUUGGGUUCCACAGUAAAACGUCUCUAUCAGCGCAUGAAGAGCAAGAAAGAUGCAUCUGAAACACCUUUAUCAUCGUCUCCAAGUUCUCCAACUUCACCAUCUCCAGUUGAACAACCUUUGGUGCCUUUGACUGAAACAAGCACAGCUUCAAUAACAAUCCAAAAAGACGCUGUUGAACCAACCCAAUCAAACACCGUUAAACCAACUCAAGCAGACGCUGUUGAUGCAACUCACGACUACCCCAUCUCUCCUCCUCAUACCUCAUUAAUGGAAUAUGAGAUGUCUAGCAACACCACUGUGAACGCGUCUGAUACCACAGCAUCUAAUGGCAACAUUAGCACAGACAAAGUAGCACAUGAGAUGGAUCAAACAUCAAGUGGCCAAGCCUGGGAGAUGAACAGCCGAUCUUCACCUUUAUCGUCGCUUACAGCUACAUCUAGCGAACAGAUCAAAGUUCCAUAUAAUCGACAUACCCAAGCCAAGCCCAUGUACAGCGAUUCGGCUCCACCUGUAAAUAAAACACCAUCAUCUGAUUACAUACCGACCAUUGCACAUAUCAAACAGACUUCAAUCCAACAUCAUCAAAACACUCAAGCUAUGGCUAGUGAACUAGCUCAGCCUAUUGGCUUGGCGGCUGGAUCUGAUGCCACAUUACCUAACGAAUAUAUCAGUCAUUCAGCAAGCAAUACGACUAUAUCCAUCAAACACAAUACAACUCUACAUAAUCAACAUACCCAAUCCAGGCCCAAGGCCAGUGAAUUAGCUCAACCUGUGGAUAUGGCGCCAGCAUCUGAACACACACCUUACAACGCUCACAACAACCAUUUAACAGGCAAUGCAACUAAAGCGACAGCUACAACGGUCAUCGAGCCACCUCAAAAUAUAUCAAAUGAUGGUGAAAAGGAGAACAGUAACGCCAGUAGCAGCAAAUACCAUAGUAAUGACCGCCAUAUGAGCUUCUUAACCCCAACAUAUGAUAUAUCGAGGUUUAAUGACGAGAAAUUCAAGAAAAGAUCGUUGCACAGUGCUUCCACAACGCAAAGGAGUAGUUCUGACAAGCACAUCACCGCUCGUCCACCCGCACUCAAUGUUCACGUCAACUAUCCAACGAGCACUACAGCUACAUCCAUAAAUGAGGGUACAAUUCCACAUCAUCAGGAAGCUCAAGCCAAAUCCAUGGUCAAUGAUCCAACUCAACCCGUAAAUAUGGUACCAUUGUCUGUGCCUCCCAAUGCCCACAACAACCUCCCAAAAGCCAAUGCAGUUAAAACAACAACAGCGGCUACAACGACUGUCAACACGCCUCAGCAUGCACCAAAGAGUGAUGAAAAGGAGAACCCCAACGCUAGCAGCAAUAAAUACCACUACUGUAAUCCCCUUAUGAGCCAUUCAAACAUGUCAAAUACAACACAUGUGCUGCCUGAUUUUAACAGUGCGCAAUCCAGAAAAAGAUUCUUCGACCAGACAGAGCACAGCCCAUCCACUAUUCAAGGCAAUAGUCGCAAGAAAUGCUUCCCAGCUCUUCCACCCUUACCAAAGCGCAGAUACCGCCGUCAUUAA